GUAAACGGGCCUUGCCUGCCGCUCCAGCAUUCCAUCCCUCGAUUUUAUCGUCGGGCCGCUCUAGACUAAAGCUUUGUCUCCAAAGCUAAGUCCAGGACUUAGCUAGGUACUUUCCGCAACACUGUACUCCACAUAGGGGUCCAAUCUGAUCCACUGAGCGUCUUCGUCUUGCCUUGUUGAGAACGCACCAAGGGCUCUCUGGGACUGUGCAGCUUUGUGGUCUGAGUAGAUAAUCGUGCCCUCUCCCUUCCUCUUCCUCUCCCUGUCUCUCUCACAUUCUUCCUUCACCACCCACCAUGAGUGCAACCACAACCCAGACGCUCACCUCGCCGGACAUGGCACCGGUUGGAGAUGCCUCUGUGCCCGGAAUUAAGGCACUUCGAGAAGCCAUCCCAGAAAAAUGUUUUGAACGCUCUCUUCUGAGAUCCCUUUCGUACGUUGCACGAGACCUCGUGGCUGUCAGCGCCUUGUUUUACUCUGCCGUCUGCUUGACACGUCUUGAGUCGUCUUGGGCCAUUCCGCUCUGGGUCCUCUACAGUUUCGUGCAAGGUCUGUUUUUCACAGGACUUUGGAUUUUGGCGCACGAAUGUGGCCACGACUCCUUCUCAAGCCAUCUCCAAGUCAAUGCGGCCGUUGGUUGGGUCCUUCACAGCAUUCUUCUUGUCCCAUUUUUUUCGUGGAAAUUCAGCCACUCCCGUCAUCACCGCUACGCAAACCACAUGGACAAGGACACCGUCUUCGUGCCCAACCGCAAGCCAACCUCCGAGUCAAAGGCCGAACCGAGUUUCUUGACACGCCUCGUGGACCACGAUGCGGCGGACACACCUAUUGUCAGUCUCUUCACUCUGGCGAUUCACCAGCUCUUCGGAUGGCCAGCCUACAUCCUGAUCAACGCAGGAGCUGGUGCACAAAGCCUUACCAGAGGCCGUCGAUCCACCGUGCCUACCUACAAGCAAAGCCAUCUCGAUCCGACUUCGCCCGUCUUCACUCGUCAAGAGCAGCCAUACGUCCUUCUAUCCAACGCAGGCAUCGUGGCUGUCUUUGCAGUCCUCUAUCAAGUCGCUCAGACCCUAGGCUACCGUAACACUUUCUUGUUGUACGGUCUUCCUUACCUCUGGAUGAACCAUUGGAUCGUCGCUAUCACCUAUCUCCACCACACGCACCCAGAAGCACCUCAUUACGAAGAUGGGGCCUGGACUUACCAGAAGGGCGCCAUGUCCACUGUGGAUCGCGAAUUCGGCUUUAUUGGACGCCACAUCUUUCAUGGCAUCAUUGAGUACCAUGUCGUGCAUCACAUCUUCCCGCGCAUUCCCUUCUAUCACUGCGAAGAGGCUACGUUUGCCAUUGCGCCGUUGCUUGGGGACAAGUACAUUGCGCAAAAGAAGACGUCUUUCCUCGCGGACCUAUGGGAGGCCUUCACUACUGCCAAGUACGUGGAAGCUCGCCCCUCGAGCGAGCCAGGAGUAGUGCAUUGGGCCAAGGCCUGAAAACUUCACACCGCUGUCCCGCAUUUCUGAGGAAAUUUGCGCCGCUAGCCGCAUUUGGCCAGGUCUGGCGGAGACACUCCACGGGGGGACAUAUCCCGAAUCGAAGAGCGGUACGCUUAGGUACUUUACACAGGGUAAAGGGUCUGCAGUAAGGGUCGCUUACAACAUGGGCUUGGUGUCUGGGAUGAAACCGAUGCUGGUUCGUCUCAAUCCUGUCGAUCGCCACGGUACGAAAUAGGGGUUCGUCCCUUUUUGCCACCAUGCCACAAUCGGUAAGCGAUGGGUAAAACACCCUUGGAUUUGUGCGGUCACAAAAGCUGCUAUCAAGUUCACAAUAGACACGGUCAUUUCAAUGUGUAUCCGAAUCAUGACAUCAUAAGCUUAGAAGCCAGAUUCACAUAGCUUUCACAAUCUUACUAUUCGUGCUCUA